AUGAAGAAUUUAGCUUUUUUAUUAUUUGCCUUCAGCUUUCUAUCUUUUACUUUUGAGGGUUACUCAGGUAAGAGAAUCAGCAUCAUUAAGCAAGUAAGAUCAAUUUUUACUAAAAUUGAUGCCAAUGAAAUUCCUUCUACACUUAAAAACGGAGAUUUUAUUUAUUUCAAUACAAAUAAUGUCUCAUACAAUUUAAUUGAAGAUCCGGAGUUUAACAUAACUCAAACUUGCGGAGAAUUAAGAAGAGAAGUUCAAUAUUGUAUGUGGAAUCAAUAUAUUAAGGUCACUAGAUCCGGAUCUAGUGUUAAAAAGGACUAUUCGUACCAUAAAAUCUGGUCAGCUACUCCAAUCAAGUCCAGAAGAUUUAGAAACUCAAAGAUUAAAAACCCAACAGUAGAUGAAAUUGCAGAUAUGAAAUUCCAUAACAAUAUGACCGCUGGACUUCUUAAUAUUACGAAUGCAUUGCACUUUAUUGGCCCAAAUACUGUUUUUCAACCAGAUUCUGAGGAAUUAGCUCACUUUUCUUCUUCCUCUCAUGCAGAACGUUUUAAUUAUACGAAGAAUGGUAUUUUUUACUCAGAAUUUAAGAAUGGAACUCUUAAAUCUUUAAUAAAUUCGAAUUAUUUCUCCGAUUUUAGCAGCGACACAUACAACAGCUGGUGCGAACCAGGUGAUAGAAGAAUGCGCUUUACAACUUGGGCACCAAAAUACGUAACUGUCGUUGGAAAAUUCUUUAAUAAUACUGUUAUACCAGGAGAGUUCAAAGAAUUCAAGAUCGGUUCCGUAUUUUCUGGUUACGUUACAUUGGAGCAGGCAUUGUCCGUUAACUACUCAAUAAUUCCAACAAUUAUCAAAUGGAUGUUUAGAUUUGUUUUCCUUGGCUUCAUUUCUUAUUGCAUUGUCAAGAAGAUAAGCAUUAAUGUUACUUCUCUUGGUAUUUACAUCUUAGGAAUGGUAAUUUCCCAUCCAUCUUUGAAUAAUGACUAUUACAGGAACAAAGACAUUACAAUUAUUUGUUUAAUUUCAUUCCUUGUUUCAAUCCCGAUCAGUUACUUUUACUUCAUUGAAAAAGAUUCAGAAAUAUAA